AUGGAGUGUUCUAUUUGUAUUGAGCCUAUUCUAAUCAAAACAAUACAUGAGGAAUCAUAUUCUGAAAUAGUUUAUGAUACAAUAGGGGAACUAUUGCCAUGUCACCAUAAGUUUCAUAGCGAUUGCAUAAGGAAAUGGCAUACUUUUGCAACAGAUUUAAAUUGCCCGAUCUGUAGAACAACGUCAUUAUCGAUGUCCCUAAUUUAUAAUUAUAAGUUAUGGUAUGAGAAGAGAGUGCAUAUUGAUUUAAAUAAAGGGUUUCUGGUUGAAAGUGUACUUGAAUAUGAUAGUUUGAUGUCUAAUAAUAAUUUAGAAAUAGAAGAAACUUACAGCUCGGAAAUUGAUCAUGGAUUAACGACUACUCAGCAAGAUAAUGAUGAAACUAAUAAUAGUGAUUUAUCCACAUUAUUUCAAACAAUAUUAAACAUCGAGGAAAUGAAUGAUGAUGACUCAGAGAAGGAUAUAGAGGCAGAACAAGAAGUGUUGGAUUCAAUGAGAAAAGAAUAUAAUACUUUGCUAUGUAGGAUAUGUGGAGAUGAUGAAGAAACAGAUGCCGAUACGAGGUGUCCCGAUUGUAAUGCAAGAUAUCAUGAGGGAUGUCUUCAUGUAACAGCCAGUGAGAUUGGCGAAAGUGAUACUUGGCAACAAUGUAUCGAAUGUAGAGCUCAAACGGAACACAUGCGUGAUAAUCGGAGAACGAAUAUACGUGAACCACCAAUGUUGUCAUUGCCAUCUAUUCAAAAUGACAACAUUACUGAAUCCACUAGAGAGGAUGAGCUGGAGAGAAUACGAGAAACAAAGAGAAAGAUACAGAAUCAUGUAAGAAGUGCCUUGAAAUUGUACUAUUGUCGGUCAAGUCCGAUACGACUAACUAAAGAGCAAUUCACCAACAUCAAUCAGACCGUUUCGCGAACAUUAUAUUUGAUAUCUGAUAAUAAAUAUCAGGAAAAGAUGAACUAUGACCACCAUGCUAAAGAAGGAGUUGUAAAGGAAUUACAAAAGUUGGGAUACAUUGAGGUAUAA